UGAUAGAAUAAGAAGUUUACAUCCAGUUGAAAAUUGUGCAUGAUUUAUAUUGCCUAACUGCAAAGUUUUUAUUAAAAAACGGCAAAAUUCAUAAAGUUUCACGAACUAUAUUUGUGUAAAAUGCCACCAAAGCUGGUGCGGCAGAUUUGUGUUGAAAUUUUUUCGCUCAAUGUAUAGACAAGUCAGCUGUUUGGGCCAACAAAUCAACGCUGAUAGGCGAUAGGCCAAUUAUAUUUUUCAGGCAACUUAGAACACCUAUUGUUAUUAACAAAGAUUAAUAAUAUUAAAACACGUAUUGCAAAACUUUUCGGGCAAUUGUUUAAAAUCGCGGCAGUGACUUAUAAGGUCUUCUUCGGUUUCGUUAUACGUAAAAUCUGGAGUUGAAUUUUAUACUAUGGCAGACAAUGCAGAUAAUAGAGGUGAUACACCUGCCCAACCACCCUCGCCCCCACAGCAACAACAACAACCGCAGCCACCGCCACAACCACAGCCGGGCGUAAAUAUUCCCAAUAUCAAUGGGAAUGUGCCCAAUUUUGCUAAUGUAUGGAAUGUGGAUUUAACAGCGAAUCCAUUUAAUUUUAACAACAAUGUUAAUCGUGCUGGCCAAAAUAACCUGAUGAAUGUACGUGAUCGGCUGUUUCAUGCCAUUUAUUUCAAGAUUGCUCUCAUGUAUGCACAAAUAUUUCCCAAGCCGCUGCAACGAGUUUUGGAAUAUUUCAUAUUGCUGAAGGCAUUAUUAUUCUUCUUCGCUUUGGUAUACAUACAUAUGGCAUUUAUCAAGAAUCCUGCGACAUGUCUGCAAAAUGUCAAAGAUUGGCCACGCGAUGGAGUGCUAAGAGUUGAAGUUAUACCAAAUUUGGAGAAGCAGCGUGAUUUGUUGUCCAAGACCAAAGCCAAUGAGCAGCUGGUGCGUUAUUUGCAGAACUAUUAUCAUUACGGCAUUGGUCCGCAAACUAAAAUCAACCAUGAUCGACUCAAACAAUAUGAACGCACUUUGACACGCUCCGGCUAUCAAUUACGGCCCACAUAUACCUAUUCGAAUGAAACUUUAAUCUACUAUUUCAAAACGGAGGCCAUAGCUGGACAAACAGCUGAAACCAAAGUUGCCGAGAAGGUGGAAAAAUCCGACAGUGAUGAUGAUGAACAGUAUAUCGUGGAAUAUUCAUUAGAAUAUGGACACUUGCGUUUAUCAUCAGCCACACGUAAGCGUCUGAAGAUACCAGUGCGUGUGGUGCAAUUGGAUCCGAUGACCGAUAAAUGUUUUGGUGAUAAAUUUAGUAAAUUUCUGCUCAAACAGCUUUUGGGUUACGAUGACUUACUAAUGUCCUCGGUGCGUGUGAUUGCUGAAAAGGAAGAUAAUAAAGGUUAUUUGCGUAAUGUCAUCACUGGUGAACAUUAUCGCUUUGUCUCAAUGUGGUGGGCAGCAUGGAGUUCAUAUCUAACAGCAUUUUUUGUAAUGGUGCUUUUUACAUUUUCUAUUUCAAUGCUUUUACGCUUCUCACAUCAUCAAAUUUUCGUCUUCAUUGUUGAUCUUUUACAAAUGCUGGAAUUCAAUGUGACUGCGCGUUUUCCUAUUGCACCAUUGCUAACUGUAAUUUUAGCUCUCGUUGGAAUGGAAUCAAUAAUGUCGGAGUUCUUUAACGAUACAACAACGGCAUUCUAUAUAAUAUUGAUUGUUUGGGUUGCAGAUCAGUACGAUGCGAUUUGUUGCCAUACGAGCAUUACCAAACGCCAUUGGUUAAGAUUCUUCUUUUUGUACCAUUUUGCGUUUUACGCUUAUCAUUAUCGUUUUAGUGGACAAAACAGUAGUUUGGCAUUGGUAUCCUCUUGGCUGUUUAUACAGCACUCAAUGUUUUACUUUUUCCAUCGUUACGAGUUGCCUGUCAUUAUUCAACAAGCGCAAAUACUUAUCAUAACAAACAAUCAGAAUGUGGCGGGGAAUGGCGCACAACAGCAGCAACAACAACAAUUGCCUGGUCAGGGACGACCGGCUACCAUACUGAUGGGACGUCUAUUUCGGCGUCCAGCUGCCGCACAGCAACAGCAGCAGCAACAACAACAGCAGCGACAAUUCCUCGAAGCUCUGCGUAAUCAGGCGCUCAUCCCCUAUGUCGGUGGCUUGCUGCAGCGACGGGGCGGCGCAGUGGAGACGCUACGUCGCACGCUUUUACAGCGUGGCUGGACGGGUCCGCCACGUGUUCGCGUGCAAAUCGCCAAUUUGCAGCGCAUUAAUUUGCGUUCCAUUCAGAUAAAUCCAGCGAAUCUGGAUGCGAUCGCCCGCGCAAGCGACGCAGCUGGCGGUGAGGCGGUAGCAGGAGGAGCUGCAGCUGCAUCAACAACGGUGAAUGUUGGUGGCGAUGGUAGUGCUGGUGGUGGUGCCGAGGGCACAAUUACUAUAAGACAGGUGGAAAAUACAGAUGCGCCAACGAAUGGCGCAAGUGGUAGCAACAGCAACAACAACAGCAACACCAUAGGCAUCACAAUCUCCUUCAAUACAGCACCGCGUGAGUUGGGUGGUGAGGUGAGAACCGCCACGCUGGUGGACAAUGGCGGGCCAACUGUAUUAGCUGCUGCCACAUCGUCGGCGAACGAGUUGACAGCAGGAAUUACUACGGUGAAUGCUGGCGCGGAAUCACAACCAACGUCAACAACACCAACAGGUGCUGAUUCCAAAGAGCAGGCAGCGCAGCAAAAUGAAACGAACACCGCAGUGACAACCGCUGAGAAAGACGAAGUGAACGAGCAGAACCUGUCCCAAAACCCCAUUAACCAAAUUCAACCAAAUUUGGAUAUUAACAAUGAAGCGCUACUUAAAGAAGAAACUGUUAAUACAGUUGAUACACUGGCAAAUGGUACUUGUGACAAUGCGAGCGGUUUAAACAGCCAAAAAGCAGAACAUUUAGAAGAGCACUCAUACUCAGCGAGUGCAACAACAACUUCAGCCGAAUUGACUGCAGAGAAGACAACAACACUUGAGCGCGAGCCAGAACCAGAACCAGAAGUGGUGGCCAUAUUAGACACGUCUGUGCCACAACCUGUGCUGCUACCAACAACAACAAAAGUAAUGUCUGAAGCGACAGCGUCCACAGUCACGACAACAACAACAACAUCACCAAACACGCUUGCCGCACAGCUGACAGCAGCUCACCUGAGCCCGGCUCUAGUAAAUGUUAUACCAACAACUACAACCACAACAACAGCUGAAACAGCGUCAAGUGUACCAGACGAAAGCGGCGGCAUCGCUGAUAUCGGAAAUGCCGACACCGCAUCCGGACUCGUGUUUGCGAAAUCCAACGCUCCACUUGCUGCAACCGAGAACGCGACCGCCCCGACACAGUUGCCCGCGGUAGAGCGGUCAACGGCUGCUGACUGCGUCCACAAUCCUCAGGACGCGGCUUCGGCGUGGUGUGCUGUCUCUGCUCCGAGUGAGGAGGUGGAGUCCUUAAAUUAAGCGCGAAUUACUUACUUAUAUGUAGCAUAUGCUUGUCAUAAUGACUGGGAAAAAAAAUGUUAACCAAACAACAGUUACGAAACGAGAAGACCUAACAAAUUUUUAGUUCAUUUAUGUAUGUAUGUAUAUGUAAGUGGGUAUGAAAUAUGCAACAUGUAUACUUGUAUUAGACAUUUUUAUUAGCCUAUAAUUUGUAUAAAUAACUA